GGCAAGCUCCCCCUGUCAAAGCACCUUGGCCCAUAAGAAGAAAAGGGUGAGCCCCAGAUGUGAUGAACGCUUCCAGGCUUCAGGCUCAGAAGGCGCCCCCAGCUCUCCUGUAACUCAGAGGCCAGUGUGAUGGGAGUUCCUCCACUCGGCACACUUCUUCCCCUGUAAACACGCCUGUGGUGGGCAAAAGGGCUUUGGAACGGUUGCUUAUCUUUUCUCUCCUGUGUAAUUUCCACUUUCAUUCAUGAUAAUGUCGAACACGCACAAAGCUCGGCUGGAACGCUGGGUCACUGGCUCAACCAACCGGUGGCGUUUGCCCAAACAGCCUUUCUCUGGGGACCUGCUCUCACUUUCCCAGAUGUGCAAGGCUCUGAGCAUAGACUUUGAGGAAGCUUUGAGGAACCCAGGCAGGUUAUGCAUUUCACAAAUCCAGAAGUUUUUCUUUGAGAAUUUCAAGAACAAGGACAUCCAAAGUGGGGAAGCAGCUCAAUCACCUAAGAAGACCAAAGAAAAAUCCCCUGCAAAGAGGAUCAUCAUUUCCUUGAAGAUCAAUGACCCACUGGUCACUAAAGUCGCCUUCGCCACGGCCCUGAAGAACCUCUACAUGAGUGAGGUGGAGAUUAACUUGGAAGACGUACUGGGAGUGCUGGCUUCCGCCCACAUCCUCCAGUUCAGUGGCCUGUUUCAAAGGUGCGUGGAUGUGAUGAUAGCCAGACUCAAGCCAAGCACCAUGAAGAAAUUCUGCGAGGCCGGCUGCAAGUACAAGGAAGAGCAACUCACCACCGGCUGCGAGAAGUGGCUGGAAAUGAACUUGGUUCCUCUAGUGGGGACGCAGAUCCACCUCCACAAAAUCCCACAGGACCUGCUCCACAAAGUGCUGAAGUCCCCCAGGUUAUUUACCUUUAGUGAAUUCCAUCUUCUGAAAACAAUGCUUUUGUGGGUCUUCUUGCAACUGAACUACAAGAUUCAGGCAAUUCCGACUUAUGAAACCGUGAUGACAUUUUUUAAGAGCUUUCCUGAGAACUGUUGCUUUCUGGACCGGGACAUAGGACAGAGCUUGAGGCCGCUCUUCCUCUGCUUGCGUCUGCACGGCAUCACCAAAGGCAAGGAUCUGGAGGUGCUGCAGCACAUUAACUUCUUCCCAGAGUCAUGGCUGGACCAGGUCACAGCCAACCAUUACCACGCACUGGAGAAUGGGGGCGACAUGGUCCACCUGAAAGAUCUUAACACCCAGGCUGUGAGAUUUGGGCUGCUCUUUAACCAGGAGAAUACAACUUAUUCGGAAACAAUUGCUCUAUAUGGAUUCUUCUUUAAGAUAAAGGGACUCAAACAUGAUACUACCUCUUAUAGUUUUUACAUGCAGAGAAUAAAGCACACAGACCUGGAAUCCCCCUCCGCAGUCUACGAGCACAACCCCGUCAGCCUGCGAGUGGCACGCCUGGUGAAGUAUGAGAUCAGAGCCGAGGCCCUGGUUGAUGGCAAGUGGCAGGAGUUCAGGACAAACCAGAUCAAGCAGAAGUUUGGGUUGACCACGUCAUCCUGCAAAAGCCAUACCUUGAAAAUCCAAACUGUGGGCAUCCCAAUCUAUGUAAGUUUUGCAUUCAUCUUCCCAGCAUCUUGACAGUUUCCAGAAGAACCUAUGGGAUUUUCCCCCCACUGGUCUGCAUAAAAGAAAAUAAAAUGACA